AUGGCUUCCAAGAGAAGCGCUUCAGCUUCUUGUCUGCGUCUUGCUGCAAUUAGUUGUUUUUUGGUCGGCGCCUUCCAAAAUUUGACCUUGAGCAUCCCAAAGCAGAUAGAGGAAAGCGCCCAAAACAAAGGCAUCAGUCCCGCCCAAUACCUGAAAGAUGUGAGCAACAGAGCAGAACUCCACCGAAAGAGCGACGCGGUUGCUGGGCGAGAGGAGUUUGUGAAGACAUUGAAUGAGGCUAUGGGAAAGUCUGGUUUGCACCUUGUCAUUGGGGGCAAGUCCCUCGGAAAGACCAAAAUUGUGCAGACCGUUGUUGACAAUGCUGGAGAUGAAGCUCCUUUGCUCUACGUCAAUAUGCGUCUCCGUAGCAAAGCCCAGUCAACGGAUGCAUUGGAAUGUUUGCAAGAAGAAGCUAAGCGAAGAUGGACCGCAAAGAAUUUGCCAUUCGGGGCAGAGCGGCUGGUUGCCGCUGGUUCUGCGGUUCUUGGAGCACUUGGCAAAGCGAACUUAAAGAAGAGUGACGAUGAGGAGAUAGGAGAGGGUGCAGUGGAAACUCUUCUCUCUUUGUUUCUCAACAUCACCAAGCCCGAGGAGUUCAUCAAGGCUUUUGUUGCGGCAACAAUGGCUGCAGAGAAGGUUCCAGUCAUGAUUGUUGAUGAAGCCAACAUCGCCUUUCCCAAUGGUAACGGUGGGAAUGGGAAUGGCAGAAGAGAAGCAGCUUACAGAGCGCUCGCAACCUUUGUGGCGCUGACAAAGGAGCAGGGGAAAGCGUCUGUUAUUCUGGUUGCCUCUGACUAUGCUUUCCCAUUGGGACUACAAGCUCUUGGCUUCAACAAGUAUGAUGCUCUCAAUACGAUUGUAGCUCCGGAGGUUGAAGAGAAGCCUAUGCUUUUUUUGCUGCAAGAGUGGGGUUUGUCUCAAGACUUGGCACAGGAGUUCUAUGAGACCUUCGGUGGAAACGUUUUUUUGUGCCACCAGGCAGUCGACAAGCUCCGUCAGCAAUUCGAGUUGGGUCAGGAGAGGCUCUUCGACCCCUUCAACGUCCGAGACAAUGCCGAGUUAGGUGACCUCGUGCGCGACCCGCUCACUCGGAAGCACAUGGAGAACUUGGCUCAAAAAGGAUGGUCGCAAGUAGAGGGUGGCGCUGCAGAAGCGGAGACGGAGAGCCAGAAGGGUGCUCGCAUCAUCGCCAAGAAGAACUUCGGCGCCAUCAUCGAGAGACAGACCACUACUUUCUUUGACAAAGGCUUGGACAAAGAUAUGUUCAGAGACCCAGAUGCAGUGCGGGUUCUAAUUCCACCUACUACAUAUGCACGCAAGUGCAUCCAGCGGAUGGUGGACACGGUGAAACCAAGCAUCACCAGACCACAAGCUGGAGCAGUGUGGGUGAGGCAACUAAAGGAGGACAGGAGUGACCGGUGCCAGUCAGUUGCUCCACCAAGGAAGCACUAUUGUAUUGGGUUCUACGAUUUAAACAAUCAUGUCUAUGCCAACUCAGCAGCAAACUACAUGGUGAUGGUGUUAAUGUAA